GAAGCACAGUCAGCCCAGGAACCUAACAGCCCCAUAGCGUUUCGGAGUCCCGUAGUGUUUCGGGGCGAAACCGCCGCCGCCGCCGCGCAGCCGCCGCUCCGUCCUGUUCUUCCUCGCCGGUACCGCCUGUCUACCUUCCUCCUCUCCCCCCCGUGCUUCUCUGCAGGGCCACGGGCGCCGCCGUCUACCCAUUCCGUGCUUACCCAGCCACCAGUCCGCCAUAACCAUCCCGUGCCUCCUCGCCGCCGGCGCCUCCCCUUCCCGCCGGCGACGUAACUCUUCAGCUCGGGAGGUUCAGCAGCAGCCUCUUCGUUGAGUUUUACAAAUAAAUUUGACAAGGAGUGGUUUCCCCCGUCGAUCUCAUCCGUUCUCUCUCCGCGUGAGCUUCAGCGGCGACAACACUGGGCUGCUGCGGCGAGCACAGCGAGUGAGUGCCACGGAGGCAACAGAGGAUGAUGGGCUCUGCAUUUGACGGGCUCUGAAUUUUCGAAAUCUCUAGAUUGCCCCAGCCAAACCCCUAAACCCUGUCUUUACUCUCCCCACGGCGGCGCUCCCGAAUCUUUCGACGGCAGCGCGACCCUCCGCGUCUUGCGUCUCCACCACUCAACCCAUACGGCCACACGUCCUCUUCUUCCUGUGACCUACUCAAGCUCCAUUCCGCCGCCGCAGCUGCUCCCUCUGUCCCUGCAAGGCUGGACCCGUCCCGCAACAUUGGACAUUGGUUUUCCAGGCACUCCGUAAUCUCUGAAAUUUUUAUAUGACUUGUACAAUUAUUUCUGGGGUGGCUCUCUGCGCCAACUAAUCAAGGAAGUAUGCUCCAUGAAGUGCAAUUUUUGUGUACGUUUUUCCUUCUUCGACUGGUGCUGUCAAUGUAAGGAGGGGACAUUAGAGCCCUACUUCUGCGCCAACUAAUCAACGAAGUAUGCUCCAUAAAGUGCAAUUUUUGCGUACGUUUUUCCUUCGACUGGUGCUGUCAAUGUAAGGAGGGGAGAUUAGAGCCCUUCUUCUAUGCGACGUGCAGUGCUAGGGUUCCUGCAUCAAGACCUUGUAAAAAUAAACCACCCUCCAGCAUCGCGCCUUUACUCUCUGGCUUGUUGUUUGAAGAUCUCAGAUCAUCAAGAAACCACGGGAAGCUCUGUUUGCAGUGAGUAUAGAAGUCAGUGUCUUCUUCUCCUGAUCACGCAAGCAGUUCGGACAUCAAACGGGGACAAGGCCAAAAAGAUAAGCUUUGGGAAGUGUGCCAGGUUAUAUGGGCUAUCUCGGACAAUUGGGCUGUUUGCAUUGCUUAUACGAUCCUUCUUGCCACGGAGAAUCAGAGAGAUUUGGUGCUUGAUUCGGAGCAUUGUUGAUUACUGUGGAAGUGCCGGCCCGGAGUUGUUUGAGUUGGCACCUAUGUUGGUCAGCAAUUUGGGUGGCUCAAUGACAUUGCUACAAGUUCAUGCUACAGCCAUACGGAUUUUUCUAGAGUUGUCGAUGUUUGAGGAUGCUCUCCUCACUUACACUGAAGCCAAGAAAGUUGGAGUGGAGCUGCAGCUGUGCAACUUCCUGCUGAAGUUUUAGUUGAGAGGAAUCAAAUCAUGUAUGCGAGGAGUUUGUUUGAUGAUAUGAAGAGUUCUGGUCCGUCACCAAAUGUGUACUCUUAUUCGGUUUUGAUGAGUGUGUAUACCCAUGGGGAUAGGUUAUACUUGGCAGAAGCUUUUGAGCUUCUUUCUGAAAUGGAAAUGGAAGGUGUGAAGCCGAAUGCUGCAACCUAUGGCACUUACCUCUAUGGGCUAAGCCGUACCAGACAGGUGGCAUCUGCAUGGAACUUUCUUCAAAUGCUUUGUCAGAGAGGCUACCCUUGCAACACUUACUGUUUUAAUGCAGUGAUUCAGGGUUUCUGUAGUGAAGGUCAGGUUCAGGAAGCCAUAGAAGUGUUUGAUGCGAUGAAGAAGCGUGGGUUUGUCCCAGAUACUCAUAGCUACAGCAUAUUAGUUGAUGGGUUAUGUAAGCAAGGGGAUGUAUUGACAGGCUAUGACCUGCUUGUUGAAAUGGCAAGAAAUGGAAUAGUGCCUACUCUGGUCAGUUACAGUUCACUUUUGCAUGGUCUUUGCAGAGCUGGAAAGGUUGAAUUGGCACUUGAGAUUUUUAGGAGGCUUGAAGGACAAGGUUUGAAGCAUGACCACAUAGUUUACAGCAUUGUUCUUCAUGGCUGUUGCCAACAUUUGGAUAUAGAGGUUGUCUGUGACCUUUGGAACGAAAUGGUUCAUCAUAAUUUUGUUCCAGAUGCGUACAACUAUACUAGUCUGAUAUAUGCAUUCUGCAGAUGUAGAAAUCUGAAAGAAGCACUGGGAGUAUUCGAACUCAUGCUUGACAGUGGAGUAAGCCCCAACAUUGUGACAUGCAUCAUUCUAAUUGACGGCUUCUGCAAAGAAAGGAUGAUUGGUGAAGCCUUCUUAUUCCUUGAUAAAGUACGUCAGUUUGGAAUUGUCCCAAACCUUUGUACCUACAGAGUUAUCAUCAAUGGUUUGUGCAAGGUCAACAAAUCUGAUGACAUGUGGUGAGUUUUUGCAGACUUGAUUAAAAGGGGCUAUGUUCCUGAUACUGUCCUUUACAGUAUUAUCAUUGAUGGUUUUGUGAAAGCUUUGAAACUACAUGAGGCUUUCAAGUUGUAUCAUAAAAUGUCGGAUGAGGGUACAAAACCCAAUAUCUUUACAUAUACUAGCCUCAUAAAUGGUUUGUGCCAUGAUGAUAGGCUCCCAGAAGUUGUGACAUUGUUUAAACAUAUGAUCGGGGAGGGACUGA